AUGGGAUUACUUCCAAGUAUUUCUUCUGUUCUUAACCAAGGUUUGGAAGCAGGUCCAGCAGGUCUCGUUUGGGGUUGGUUUAUUGCAGGGUUUUUCAUUACAAUCGUUGGUUGUGCAAUGAGUUUUCUCGGUAGUGCAAUCCCUACAAGUGGUGGUCUUUACUAUUAUGCAAAUUAUUAUUGUCCCGAUCUCUUUAGAGUGCCAUUGAGUUUCGUUAUUGCAUGCUCGAAUAGUCUUGGGUUAAUGGGUGGGUUGUGCAGUAUCAGUUAUGGUUUUGCAGUGGAGGUAUUGUCGGCUGUAGCCAUUUCGCAAGAUGGCAAUUUUAAUAUAACAAAUGCAAAGUGUUAUGGCAUCUUUGCUGCUUGUGUUGUUUCAAAUAUUAUCAUACUGUGCUUGGCAACACAACAUGCUGCUAGUUUACAAACCGCUUCUAUUGUUGUCAAUGUCUUUUUGGUGUUAUUAUUUCUAAUUGCAGUGCCAGCAGGAAUGGGUCAUGGAUUCAAUUCUCGUGGCUUUAUCUUUGGCAAUUUUGAAAAUGCUAGAGAUUGGGGUACUGUAUGGAGUGUCUUUAUCUCAUUACAGCCCGCAGUGUGGACAAUCGGAAGUUUUGACUCGGUUAUUCAUUGUAGUGAAGAAAGUAAAAAUGCUCAACGUUCUAUUCCCAUUGGUAUAUUGGGCUCAAUUAUCGCAUGCUGGUCUCUAGGCUGGUUUAUUGUGAUUGUUUGUGCUGCUUGUAUCAAAGACGGAAACGUCCCAAGAGUUUUAAGCUCAGAUACAGGCUCAGCUAUGGCUCAAAUCAUAUAUGAUUCAUUGGGUAAGAAAUGGGCGGUUGCGUUUAUGUCACUAAUUGCGGUGGGACAAUACCUUAUGGCAAUUUCAAUUAUGAUUGCAUUAUCAAGGCAAAUUUGGUCCUUUGCCAGAGAUGAUGGACUACCAAUUGUUUAUCGAUACGUCAAGUAUGUCGACCCUAAAAUCAAAGUCCCUGUACGCGCCUCAAUAUUUGCUGGGAUAUUAUCAUUGUUUUUGGGGUUAUUGGUGCUUAUUAAUGGAACUGCUGGAUCGGGCGCUUUGUUCUCCUUGGGUAUUUGUUCAAGUAGUUUGGCUUGGGCAGUGCCACUGCUUUUAAUCUUGUUACCACAUGGUUGGAAGAAAUUCCAACCUGGUCCCUUCUAUUUCGGUAAAACUUUGAGUACAGGAAUAUGCGCUGUUUCUGUUUGUUGGUUGUUUUUCAUUAUAGUAUUAAACAUGUUUCCCGAUAAUAAAAAAGUUGAUAGAGACUCAAUGAAUUACACCGUGGUUAUAAAUGUUGGUGUCUGGUUUUUGUCAUUGGUUUAUUACUUUGCUUGGGGGUAUAAAGUCUACUCUGGUCCAAAGAGUAAUCUUGAUGAGUCAAAUAAGGACGAGUCGGAAACUGAAAGUGACGAAUCGCCUAUUCCGCUAAUAGAAUCUGUUAUAGAAACAAAAGUUUAA